AUGGUCAUCUGCAGUACCGAAGACACCGCAUGCAACUUCAAUAUGGCAAGCGAUCAUUCGUCCUCCGAUGAAUGUACGGCAUCUGCAAGCCCGUUCGUCGAAACGCCUCCCGACGCCGACCGCAGCGACGAUAAUGAUAUCGCGGUUGUCGGCUACGCUUGCCGUGUAGCGGGUGACAACAAUUCUGGAACCCAACUAUGGGACUUCCUGAUGAAGAAAGGGGAUGCCUGCGGCGAGAUGCCAGCAGAGCGGUGGCAAUCCUGGAGAGAUCGACAAGACAUGGUCGACAAACUGGACCAGACCACGUCGAAAGGAUAUUUUAUCAAUGACAUCAAAGGCUUUGAUGCUCAGUUCUUCGGCAUUUCCGGCCGAGAAGCAGUACAGAUGGACCCGCAGCAACGCAUCAGCCUGGAGGUUGCUUGCGAAGCUCUCGAGCAUGCAGGUAUCUCACUGCAGAGCCUUGCAGGCUCAGACACCGCCGUGAUUAUGGGCGUCAAUUCGGACGACUACUCUCGAUUAAUCAUGGAGGACUUUCAAAAUCUAGAUGCGUACAUGGGCAUCGGGACUGCAUAUUGCGGCAUCCCCAACCGCAUAUCACACGCGCUCGACCUCGCUGGCCCUACCUACGCCGUAGAUGGAGCGUGUGCGUCUUCUCUCGUUGCCAUUCACCAAGCCAGGCGCUCUUUGCUCGCGGGCGAGACGUCUCUUGCCAUAGCCGGAGGUGUGAACGCGCACAUCAGCCCGUACCUGACUCGCGUGCUAGACAUAGCUGGCGCCGUUUCUCCUGAAGGCCGGUGCAGAUCUUUCGAUGAUUCAGCAUCUGGCUACGGCCGCGGUGAAGGAGCCGGGAUCGUUGUCCUCAAACGACUCUCGGAUGCGAUUCGCGACGAUGACCGCGUCCUCGCUGUGCUCAAGGGGUCCGCGGUGGGCUCGGAUGGCAAGACUCUCGGCAUCAUGGCCCCCAACCAGCUUGCACAGGAGCAGGUCGCGAGGGAUGCGCUCAAGGAAGCACAUCUCCCAGCCAGCGCCGUAGAAUAUAUCGAAGCCCACGCGACGUCGACCCCAGUGGGAGACAAGACCGAAUGUGCGGCCAUGGCGUCGGUGUACGGUUCAGCACGACUGUCUAGCUCGCCGGAUUGCUUCAUCGGCUCGAUCAAACCUAACAUCGGGCAUUUGGAGGCCGGCGCCGGUGUCAUGGGCUUCAUCAAGGCUGUCAUGACCGUCGAAAAGGGGAUCAUUCCGCCGCAAGCAAAUCUGGAAAAACUUAGCACAAAGAUAGACUGGAAGGCUGCCAGGAUACGACCGGCCACAGAGCCGACGCCUUGGGCAACAACCAGGAGGAGGCGCACCGCCGCUGUGGCCUCAUACGGCUACGGUGGAACAGUAGCUCAUGCUAUCAUCCAGGAAGCGCCCAAAUACUCCUCUUUCCGCGACCUAAUGGCCAGCAAACUGCCGUCAGACCAGCCCACUAUGCUACUCCUUUCGGCGCCGCAUGAUGAGCGCAUCCGCAAGCAAGCUUCCACCCUCGCUAAUUGGCUCCAGCAGCAGCCAAGUGAGCUUGACAUGAAUUCCGUAGCGUGGACGCUGGCGGUCAAGCGCAGCCAACAUAGGAGGCGCGCGGCAAUCGUGGCGGAAAACAAGGCACAGGCUAUUGAGCUGUUGUCGUCGGUGGCACAGGGAGCCAAACACCCACAGAUCAUUCUUCAAGAAAAGGGUUCUGUCAAAGCGCCCGAUUCCUCCAAGAAAGAGGGUGCCGUCUGGGUCUUCAGCGGUCACGGCGCACAGUGGAAGGGGAUGGGCCGCAUGCUGCUGGAGACGGACCGGGCGUUCAUCGAUAUUGUCAAAAGGCUCGAGCCCGUUGUUCGAAAGGAAAUGGACUUCUCUAUCACCGAAGCGCUGCUCGCUGGUGACUGCGAUGAAACGGCUAAAGCGCAGGUCCUGACGUACGUUAUGCAUAUCGGCAUCGCUACGGUCUUGCGUGAGAAGGGAGCGCGGCCAAGUGCCUGUCUCGGCCAUUCACUGGGCGAACUUGCAGCAGCUGUUGUUGCGGGUGCGCUGACGGCAACCGAGGGAGCCAUCAUCUGUUGCCGACGAGCCGUGCUCUACAGGCAAGUCGCAGGUGCAGGCGCCAUGGCCCUUGUGAACUUGCCUGCUUCGGAGGUUGAGAAGGAGCUUAACCGCGCCGAAGACGUCGUGGUUGCCAUUUACCCUUCGCCAGAAUCGACUGUCAUUGCCGGAACUAUCGAGGCCGUCGAGGCCGUCACCACACGCUGGCAUGCAAAGGGCAUCCGGGCUAAGAAGAUCAAGACAGAUGUCGCCUUCCAUAGCCCCGUUCUCGAGCAGCUGGUUGACCCGCUACGUGCUGCUCUGGGCGAAUCUCUGCGCCCGAAGGAGCCGCAGAUAGCCAUAUAUUCAACGUCGCUGGACGAGCCACGAGCUGUCCAUGCUCGCGGAGCCGACUACUGGAUCGGAAACAUGGUCAAGCCAGUGCAGCUCGUUAGGGCCAUCGAAGCGGCGACGUGCGACGGCUUCCGACUUUUUGUCGAAGUGUCGGCGCACCCCAUCAUCGCCCACUCGAUCCAGGAGACGCUCGACGCUGGCGAGGUUGCCGAUGCAGCCGUCAUCCCCACUGGCAUGCGCAAUCAGGACGAGGGAAAGACGGUGUUGCUCGCACUCGCCAAGCUGCACUGUGCCGGUGACACUGUUGCGUUCAACGAGGGCUUGCCCGGAUGGUGGAACCACAGUGUGCCAGGCACGGCGUGGCAGCACCAGCCCUUCUGGCCAAAGAUCGAGAAGCCCAAACAACCCGUCGGCCAGAACCGUUCAGUCGACGUCAAGGGCCACAAACUGCUCGGGGCAAAGACGAGCGUCAACGGCACAAACAUGACGCUAUGGCAGGCGUACUUGCAUGCGGGAGCUAAGCCUUUCCCCGGAUUGCACCCCCUCCAUGGGUCUGAGAUUGUACCCGCCGCUGUUCUUCUUAAUACCUUCCUUUCGCUAGCGCACACCAGGUCGCUGCGGAACGUUGGGCUGCGUACGCCCGUGGUCGUAGAGCCACCACGUGAGGUGCAGGUGCUAUUGGAUGACGGCAAGAUGUCCGUCUCAUCGCGGCUCGCGGCUGGUGAGGAUGAGGAGAAUGGCCACUCGUGGCUGACUAACACAGUGUCGAGCGUAGGCCCACCCACCGCCGAGUCUAAGCUGGGACAGACAAUCGACCUAGCCAGCAUCAGGGAACGACUCCCAGAGACCUUACCAUCAUCCUUCUCAAUUGACUACCUCGCCAAUGUCGGUGUCUCCGACAUGGGCUUUCCUUGGCAGGUGAUCGAGCACUUGCGCAACGAUGAAGAGUUCCUGGCCGUGGUCGACGCAGACCCGCAGACCACAGGUACAUCGCCUCACUGGGGCGGACAAUCGUGGGCCUCGGUGCUAGACGCUAUGACUUCGGUGAGCUCAACCAUCUUCUGGAAGCAGCCGCUGCUGCGUAUGCCGACCAGUAUCGACUCUGUUACCCUACUACCAGGCGCCGUCGCGCCCAAGAUCAGCUACAUGUACGUUCGCAGAAGAGUGCAGGAUGAAGACGAGUUUGCGGCGGAUAUGCUGGUGUGCGAUGAUCAGGGCACCGUGCUAGUCGACGUGGAGAACCUAGCAUUCGCGGGCAUCGAGGGCAAUCCGGACAGCAUCAAGAGCCACGAUGGCCUGGUCCAUCGCAUCGCAUGGCCGCCGGUACAGUUGGCGGAGGAGCGACGACAAUUCGAUGAGGUCGUCUUCCUGGCGCCUGAAAGCGCGACCGAAACCGUGGAGGCGUGGAGUAUGGACCUAAGCCGCCAGGGUGUGCGAUCGCGGUUCGAAGGCGAUCCCGACGCCGUGGCCAUUAGCGUUUGUCCAGCGUCAGUAGUGGUGGUGGUGGCUGAGACUACUCAAGAGAUGGACAAUGUUGCCGCGGUAUCGUUGCGUAACUGCGCACGGCUGGCGACCACUGUACAGCAACUCUGGAAGGCAAGGACCGCGACAACACUGUUCUGCGUGACAGAAGCCGCGUACGGCGGCAGCGAUGCGGCAGCCCUUUCGCAGUCAGCACUGAUAGGCCUCGCCCGCAUCGUACACAGCGAGCACCCGGAGCUAUUUGGUGGACUAAUCGACACCGAGCAUGCCGCCGCCGCUUUUCCACUCCAGGCGCUCAAAUACGUGCGCGGUGUCGACGUGACACGCAUAGAGGAUGGCGUAGCCCGGGGUGCGCGCCUGCGCCCCUUGCUGGAGUCUUCCCUGCGUAGGACUCCACCAUCCGACCUCACUCCAGGUGGUUUGGCCCAGCACCAUGGCAGCGGGAACGCUAGCAACGGGACGUUGCGAUUAGUGCCCCACCACGCGACCUACCUCAUCACUGGCGGGCUUGGCGCACUGGGAAUCGAGACAGCGCGCUGGAUGGUGGAGAAGGGAGCAACGCAUAUCGUGCUGGCGGCGCGGCGAGGUGCUAAUGCAGCUGCCGUUCGCAGCAUCGUCAAGCUACAGAAGCGAGGCGCCUCAAUCCAUGUUGUGGCGGUUGACAUUGGCGCGGCUGACGCACAAAAGCAGCUGCAGCAAGCUCUGGAAAGGCUGAGUCUACCACCAGUGAGGGGCGUGGUGCACGCAGCUGGAAUGCUGGCUAACGAGACGGUGGCCGAGCUAACUACCGGUGCGUUGAGUGCGGUUGCGAACCCAAAAGUCGCUGGCGCGUUAAACCUGCACCAAUUGUAUCCGCCUGGGACGCUUGAUUUCGCAGUCUGGUAUUCAUCAUGCGGUCAGCUGCUAGGUUUCCCCGGCCAGGCUUCGUACGCGGCCGCAAACGCCUUUUUGGAUUCGCUGGCUACCCAUCGCCGCCGAAUGGGCGACGCCUGCUGCGUCAGUAUUCAGUUCUCCAGCUGGCGUGGGCUGGGCAUGUCUACGAGCACCCGCUACAUCGACGCCGAACUAGAAGCCCGCGGAAUCACCGACGUGACUCGCGCAGAGGCGUUGUUUGCGCUGGAGUUGCUUCUGCGUGCUGACAUGGACCACGCUGCCGUGCUGCGUGCCCGCCCUCUGGAGACCGGCGAUCCUCUGCCACACCCCAUCCUACGUGAUUGCGUUUCCUAUGUUGCGAACCCUGUCAACUUGACAGCCGUGUCGCCCGACACGGCGGCCCCCAAGUCGCUGAAGGAUCGGAUUACCGAGUGCGUGGCGGCGGUGCUGUCGCUCUCGGUCGACAGCAUCGAUGAGCACACUGCGCUGGUCGAACUGGGCGUAGACUCGAUUAUGACGGUCGGCCUGCGUCGACACCUGCAGAAGCUGGGGCUAAAUGUGGGGCCGACCUUACUUUGGAAUUGUCCGACAGUGGCGCAUCUGGUUGCGCACUUCAAGGCUGAGGGUUCUUGA